AUGGCCGAAGCCGUCACCUACGCAGACCUGAAGUUCGUGAAGGCUCCCCUGAAGACCAGCGUCUCCAACCCGCUAGGGCAGGACUCUGAGUCCUACGAAGACGGGGAACUGACCUACGAGAAUAUACAAGUGCCCUCGGCCCCAGGGGGACCCUCGGCACCCGUGGCAUCCUCAGGCUUGGCUUCCUCUGGACUAGGAGACAAGACAGGGCUCACGCCGGAGCGGCCCACUCGGCCCUGGAGCUCCGGGACAGCGCCAGCCCGUGCCGCGGGGCGGCUUCUCCGCUGUCCCACGAUCUGCUUACAGUAUUUCUUGCUUGGUCUUCUCCUCACCUGCCUGCUAUUAGGGGUGGCUGCCAUCUGCCUGGGCGUCCGCUAUAUGCAGACGUCUCAGCAGCUCCAGCAGAUGACCAGGGUUCUGGAAGCCACUAACAGCAGCUUGCGGCAGCAGCUCCGCCUAAAGAUAACUCAGCUGGGACAGAAGGAGGAGGAUCUGCAGGGGUCUAGGAGAGAGCUGGCCCAGAGUCAGGAAGCCCUCCAGGAGGAGCAGAGGGCUCACCAGAACACUGAGGGGCAACUACAAACCUGCCAGUUAGAGGGAGAGAAGACCAGGGAGACCUUGAGAAGGGAGAAGGAGCAGAGGAGGAACUUGGACGAGAGGCUGAGGAGCAUGCAGGACACACUGAAGGGUUACUCCAAGUGCUCCUCACCAGAUACCUGCUGUCCGCUGGGAUGGGUGCUGUACAAGAAAAGCUGCCUUUAUGUCUCAUCUACUCAGAAAAGUUGGGAGGACAGUGAAAAGCAUUGUUCAUCUCUGUCAGCCAGGCUGUUCACAUUUGGUGAAACUCAUCAGUACUAUGCUUACCCUAAAUCCCUUCAGGAGGAACUGCACAGCAUUUUAAGAGAAGAGUUGUUAAAUGAUGUUGCAUAUUGGACAGGCCUACAGAAAAACUACAGAUAUCAAUCCUCAACAUGUCGCCAGAUAAAAGUUAGUUGGAAAUUGUCAAUAGACUGGUCAGAGUGUAGAAGUCUUUAUCCCUGCAUCUGCCAGCGGGAUGUUUCCACAUUUCCAGAUGGGGCCACUCUGCCCUGAGCUGAUACUCAUGCCAAGAGCUUGCAACCAGCAUCCCUAACCUGUGGCCUGCAGGUUAAGACUACCAUUCUCCUAGCACGCCCUCACUCUGGGCAUGGCCACCUAAGGGCUGAUCCAUGUCCAACACUUCUAGAGAGCCUCUGCCUGCUUGAACCCUGUCCCAGAAACUCAUCUGUUCCGGACAAGAGUGAAGAAGCCUCUAGAAAGGACUUCAGUCUUCCCACACUGGCACUGGGUAGGGGGAGGAGGGCGCACCGCUGAGUGGAUGGGGCAGCCCGGAGCCAGCCAGGCAGUUUUAUUGAAACCUUUUUUUAAAUAA